AUGACGCGAAAACCUCCUUCCCAGCCCGCUUGCUCUCCCAUUCAUCUGUCAGUUGCACCUCGUGAAGCACCCCGUUCACGAUCCCUCCACGGGCUAGCCCAGAAACUCGACCCAAUAUUCUUGCUCUAUGUGGCAACCUGCCCUAUAGUGAUCACUGGUGCAACCUUUGCCGACUCAUGGCCCAUGAGAUCUUCUGAACGAGUUAGCUCAAUGCUUUCUUUUCGAUUUGGCAUGACAAGAUCAGCCAUGAAGAGAUCCUAUGGGGACAAACUAGAGAAUGCCGAGAAAGCCCAGGUGUUUUUAAAGUUAGUGAUUGAGGCGUUCACCUUAGAAAAUCAUCUCCAAGACCUUUCACUUGUUUCCCGUGACACCAUUGCUGUUGCCACGUAUGCCAUCGAUGAUUGCAGAAUCGGACAAUUUGAUGUGCCACAUGGCAGCAUUUUGAUGGUGAACAUGUGGGCCAUUCGCAGGGACCCUAAGUUUUGGGAUGACCCCACUAGCUUUAAGCCAGAGAGGUUUAAAGGUGGGGAGGUGGAAGCACACGUGCUAAUGCCAUUCGGAAAAGGAAGGAGGGCUUGUCCAGGGGCUAGGCUAGCCUAA